AUGGAUUACGCGCGUAAAAUCGGCAAACCGAAAGGCCUGACGAGAUGGGAGACGCCCGUGACGAGAGCUCUAUCCACUCGCGAUGGUUUCAUGUGCACGGACGAAGAUUACACCGAGGAUGGUGCACUGGUGAACUGGAGGAAAUGGUUGUCCAACCGAAGGAAACAAUACAAACGCAUCGAGUCGGUCACCGGUCGCCACCAGAACGACCAAGUGCUGAACGGUUGCGAAAAAAUUCGACCUCUCGUCGAGAUGAGAAAUGUGAUGGAUUACGCGACAAUACCGGCACCGGUGAUUCCGGACAAAUUUCGAGGCGGUCCAGAAUUUUGGAGGACGCCACAGGUGUUGUCCAACCGUGGAGAUCCCUGCUUACCGGAUAUCGCGUACACUCAAACCAAAAAAGAAUUAAACCUACUUCCAGAGCUAACGUUCGUGGACUUGCCGGAAUUAUUAGAAAAAGAAAAAGAUCUCGUGGGUUUAAAAUCGAGGGAACCAUCGUGGAAGCGUAAUCGAUAUUUACAGAAACGAAUGGUCGAGCUGUCCAGGGAAAUAAAAUUGCUCGUACCGAAGGAACCGGAAACGAGGGAGCUCGUGGUCGAGGGCCACGCUCCGCGACGAAAAACGAAAGAGCCAAGAAUACCGCCCAUAACGAUCUCCGACACCGAGGAGAAGAACGAAUGCGACCCGAGCGUGGAUCAGGAUCAGGCGGUGGUGUUGAAGAUCCAAGAUCGAGAAAUAGUUUGGCGAGGAUCUGGCUUCGAGAACCAGGGAACCGACGCGAUCAUCUGGAACGUGUCUUUCUCGGGACGAGUGGAUCAAAGAAAGGAGAGGGAAAUCGUGCUGGAGAACAAAGGAAAUCGCGUGAUCGUUUACGAGUGGAGAGACGCUGCAUUUCGAUCCGCGACGAUACCAUUGGGAAGACGAACGGGUCCAUUUUUCUUUAACAAGACGAAGGGGACGAUUCUUCCAGGACAAAUAACGAAAUUGAAGGUUUGGUAUCUGCCGCGAAUCCCGGGUGUCUUUAGCGAACUUUGGAGACUGAAAACCGACCCGGAGUUGUGCUCAUCUCCGUUGAUAAUAAGACUCAGCGGUUGUGCGGAGACCGUGGAUCCACAGAACGCGAAGAACGAUCCCGUGCUGAUCGUCGACGAGUACUUGGAUCGUUGCGUUCGGGACGCCACGAUACGAGAAACCAUAAACGAGAUAAUGGAAGACAUGCACUGCAUCGAACCUCCAGGACCUUCUUACGGUAGUCUGUUUCUGGAAUCAGAGAUAUUCGUUACUAAAACUCCGCUGUGCUUCUAUCAUCCGAGCCUCGUGACAGAGUUUCACAAGAUUUACCACGUCGCGACGAACCAGAACGAGCGGCGUUGGAACUUGUGUUUGGAUCACCUGAGGGAAACGCUGUUGAAGAUUAAGGAACCAGCAGAAAGGCAGUCUAUGUUGUCGCAAUUCAGUGAAAUCUAUAAAAAGUGCCUAAAGCCUCCGUUGGCAGCCUCUUCUAUAGACAGGAAGCACGAAACUGUGUAUAAUUUGUUGUGUUAUUUUACGAAUCGUUUCGAGAUCGAAAGCAAGUUCGCGAGAGAUGCGUGCUGCACGAAAGACACUCGAGAAACUGUUGUCGCGGUUUCGGAAAUUAAUACUAACGAGGUCCAAACGUCGGUAAAAAACAGCAACUCGCGAAACAAGCGUGGAAGAAGAUCGAUUACUCGCACUCAAAGUGUUCCUAUCGAAAGAACCGUCGACGAUUCUGUUCGCUUUGUGGACAUUGGACCGUACAGGGAAAUAUUUUUCAUUCGUGUUUACGAACUUUUAAGAGUGAUGAUCGAACGAGCGUGCGCAACGAUCGAUUCGUUUAAUAACUUGAACGAACCUGAUAAGUGA